CGCAGUAAACAAUCAUGGAGUCGCUGGUAGCGGAGUAAUGGGACAGGAGACCGGUGCAGGUGAGCAUCGUCCAGGAGAAGUUCCUCUGUCCUCCUGCUCCACACUGACUGUCUGUGUCUGCCAUGCUGGACCCUGUCACCCUGAGGAGGUUAUGCAGUGCAGGGGGUUAUGGUUGGGAUUAUCCAGACACUGAAUACAGAGACAUCCCCCUGUGCUUCCCUGACUUCCUGUGUGGCAGACUGCUGCUGAUGGUGCUCACUGAUCCCAGCAGGUCUGUUUCGUGUGCGUCAGAGUGUGAAAACCCUUCAGCCAAUUGAUGAGCUGAAGAAAGGUCCGUUCAUGCUGCAGGUGCGAGUCAUGGAGUACCGGCCAAUCGAUGCAGUAGUGGAGGUUGACAUCUGUAUGUCCGCCAGCUCUCGUUCAGGGAACCUCGUGUGGGAGAGCGUCCUGACACUGCUGUCCAAAAACCGGCUCCACACAGCAGACACACGCUUCACAAAGACGGAACAUGAAAACAUCCAGGUGGAGCAGGAAUCAGAUUAAGCAGCUGUACUGGAUAGCGGUCGCACACACGCUGGGUCAUCCCACCUCUGCCAUGUGAUUCUCAUUACAGAGACCUCUUGGGAGAAGAGUUCAGCUGCUGACAACUCGAGUGCAGCAAGAAGAAAUAGAUGAAGAAGCAAGGAAAAGACGACACCGCCUUCAUCCCUCUGUCUUCUCCUACAGGGAGCGGCAGCCUGCAGAUCUACCAUGACUACCAGAAAGUGGCUUUUACGAUGUAUCCUGGUAACGCCAAUGCCACAGAGAAUGGUUCCCACAAUCAGAGAGACAAGGUUGCCUCCAAGAUGCCAGACUACGUCUCUAAAAGUCAAGACCGAAAGUACCAAGACGAGAGUGUGAACAGGAACUCCAUGUGGGUGAUGGAAUCGAGCAGCCAGGCCUUCUCGGGGCCGGAGGACAACUCCACAGACCCACACGAGACCCUGACCGAGACCUCAACUCUGACCUUUGUAGACGCCCACACCAUGGAGGAUUUAACAGAGAACCACAGUCUCCACGGGAUGGGAAUUGUUUACCUAAAGGAGUUUGUCCUGAUAGAUGAUGACGAUGAUGGGGACAUGUCGCUAAGAGAGAAAACAGUCACAGACUUGACCGUCAUGGAUGGGAAAGCUGCUGACCUGGUGUGCGGGAGGCUGUUGUCCACCUCGACCGGCUCGUUGUCAGAGUGUAAAGAGGAAUCAGCGGCUCCUGAGGCCCCACCCUCCAAGGAAGUUAAGACUGGACAUGAAACUAGACGCUGCUGCCUCUGCACCCUCUUAUGACCCUGCAGCAGGUCACAGGUUUGGAAUUUGCUGCAGCUUUUUUGUCUGAGACCAGAGCUGGGAAGUCAUCCAUGAGGCCUCUGUACUCUGAGCACUCGUCAAACAUGCUGAGCUUUAUUUUAAACAGCAAUUAUGAUUAUUAUUAUAUUAUAAUAAUCAACCAGCAAAAAGAUUUUCAUAUCAAACCUCAGCCCGUGAGGGUUUAUUCAGACUAGACCCUCAUGUGAAUAUGAACUGUGAAGUAUGCGUGCUGAGAGGUGUAAUGUUAUGUGCUGGAUUUACAUUAACAGAACAUAAUCAUGUGAGAUAAGAUAACAUAAUCUUUUUCAAGUUUUACAAGCACAUGUCUAACCUCUAUGAUUAAACAUUUAGUACUGAAAAAAUGCAUGUUCAUGUAAUAUUAGAUCUGAAUGACAGACUGGGAUGAUUACAUUGAAGGCCUUGACAGAUCGGGUGCUAACAUCUAAU